AUGGGGUUAGGAUCUGUUGGUGCAGUAGUUCAUGGAGCUUUAAUGCCUGUGUUCUUCCUUCUCUUUGGAAAGAUGAUAAAUACCAUUGGAACCACUCUUCCUAAAGAAGCUUCUCAUGAAGUUGCCAAGGACUCAUUGGACUUUGUGUAUCUAGUCCAACAAGAGCCAGCUCUUUUUGGCACAUCGAUCUAUGAAAACACCAUGUAUGGAAAAGAAGGAGCCACUGAAGGAGAUGUAAUUGAACCUGCUAAGCUUGCUAAUGCUCAUAAUUUCAUUAGUUCCCUUCUUGAAGGCUACUCAACUAAAGUGGGUGAACGAGGGGUGCAAUUAUCUGGCGGCCAGAAGCAAAGAGUGGCCAUUGCCAGAGCAGUUCUAAAGAAUUCACAAAUCUUGCUCUUGGAUGAUGCCUCUAGUGCUCUAGAUGUGGAGUCAGAGCGGAUCGUGCAACAAGCUCUAGACAGAUUGAUGAGGAACAUAACGACAGUCAUUGUGGCACAUAGGCUGUCCACAAUACAAAAUGCAGACAAGAUAUCAGUUACAGAAAGUGGGAAAAUAAUAGAGCGAGGGACUCGUUCCAGUCCUAUAGAGAACACAGACGGAACAUAUUUUAAGUUAGUUAGCCUUCAGCAACAUCCAGAUGGACAUUACUAG